AUGAGCAAAUCUGCAUCAAGAUCUGUUCAUUCCAAAGAAGCAGCGCUUCAACCUGAUUUUCUGGAUCGCCAGCUGGGAAACAGUGAACUAAUAAAGAGAUUAAAGGUUGCCACUGAAGUAUUGGAAGCGUACGGAGAUGAAGAUGAAAUCGUUGAGCAGGCUAAAAGAGAAAUUGGGCAGCUCUCAUCUUCCCUUGGCGAGGAUUGGCUUGUAGAACAUAAGAAUAAGGACGUGCGGCUGUUGGUUGCUUGUGCAUUGGCUGAUGUGCUUCGAAUCUACGCACCUGACCCUCCAUAUGAGGAGCAAAUUUGUGCCGACAUCAUGAAGCUUUUUAUCAAAAUUUUGAGAGAUUUUGAGAACCCAGACAUGAAUACACAGCAUCCCUCGUACAGUAUCCAUUUCUACCUUUUGGAACGACUGAGCACGAUCUCAAUAUUCAGUAUAAUUCCCGAGCUCAUUGGAUUCCGUGAUGAGUUGAUGUUAGAGCUCACAAAAGCAGCAUACACUUUAGUUGGAAACAUGCCCAACCAUAGUUCAGCAUCCAAAGUGACAGAGCACCUUACAAGUAUCCUAUGCAGUGUCAUUGAAGAAACCGAGUAUCAUGAAAUUCAGCUGCUGGAUCUUGUUGUGGGAGCGCUCUGUCAACAUGAGAAAAAAGAAAAUCCCAAUGAGGCUGUUUACGAAUUGAGCACUGUUGCUCCUCGCGUUCUGACUCAGGUUCUGCCUGCAUACACUGAAGACCUGACCAUGGAAGAUCCAAGUCUUAGAAUCAAGGCGGUAAAAUUGCUUGGAGCUAUUUUUUCAGUCGGGACCUUCCAAUUGGAUUUUUCACAAGUGUUCACCGAAUUCAAGAGGAGAACCUUUGACAAAGACCCCGACGUGCGCAAGUCGAUGGCUUCAGUCAUUCACCACCUCGUUUCUAAGAGACCAGAACUUUCCAAGGCAUUCAUGGAGGAAAGUUGGGUUGCCAAUGGCGACGAAAGAGAUGCACCCAUGCGCCUCCUAGUCAUCGAUUCCGACGAAGGAGUUCGCUGUGAGUCUGUGAGUGCCGUCUUCGACCUUUCUCUGAGUAAUCCAGAAACUAUCCCUACGGAGUUUCUGAAGUAUGUUUCUGAACGAGUGAUGGAUAAGAAAGCAAGUGUGAGGAAGAAAGCAUUGGAGGGCCUAGCCAAUUUGUGGCAAAAAUAUUGUGCUCCAUACAAAUAUUUUGAUUUAACGAAUGCUUCAGAGCAGCGCUAUGCUUGGAUUCCUUCUAAGAUUCUUUCGAUUUCAACUUUAGACCAGGAGUCACGAGUUCAUGCUUUGCACUGUCUUGAAAAUAUUUGCUUGAAUGAGGAAAACAUUGGACGGCCUUCUCAUGACCUGGCAUUGGACUUCUUCUGCUUGUUGGACCAUAAGGGAAAGGAUCAAAUGUUCAAUCUUUUGCGAUCGAAGCAUCUUUUCUUGGAGAAUUUUUUGAAGUUCAGUCAAUUGCAAACAAAAUCCUCGAUGGAGAUUGACGAAGAUGAAAACGACAAGACCGAGGAAAGCUUGAUUUCCAAGAUUUCCUCCAGUUUUGCCGAUCCUUCUGCAGCCAGUGAAGCCAUCAUGAAAUUACGAGACAUCAAAACUGGUAAAAUUUGGGAGAACUUGGAGGUAAUGGCCAAACAAUCAAAAACUGCUGAGGAGUUCAAAAAGUUGCAUGACGAUGUGAUGAAAAAACUGGGACCCAGAAAUCCAGUUUCAGGUUUUAUGAAGACUUUGUUGUCAAAGUUAAUUGACAAUCACUUUGGAAUUACCUUUAUCCAGAAUGUCCUCAAGUGUUUGCAGCAUGAUGACUCCGACAUGGUAUUAAGAGCGAAGAAGGGCCUUCCCGUACUUGCAGUACAGGCCAAAAUUUUUGCCACCAUGUUUAGCAACGAAGAGGCUAUUCUGGAAUCUCUUUUGAUGAAAUCACCAACUGAGGAUCCAGAAAUCCUGGAAUACCUACUGAAGAUCACAAGUGAGACUGGCAAAGAUCUACAUCGUCUUCGAAAAAACAAGUCCUUUCUUUCCAAGCUUGAAAAUUACUGUUCACAUGAUUCAUGGAUGGUGGCCAAAUAUGCGAUUCGGAGUCUCCUGUCAUUGAAAGAAAGCUUUUCUGCAGAUGGGAAGAAGUUCGUUGACAACUGUGUCAAGGCUUUGAAUUUUGGACCUGGGCUUCCGUCCACUCUCAGAGUCCUUGUCGAAGUCCUGAAGGUGCAUCCAGAGCUUUCUCCUAGCAUCGAGACGACUAUUGAGAAGUUCGUUGUCAAGAAGCUUCUCCAUGCACCUUCAAAUCAUUCUUCAAGCAAAAAGGAUCGUAAUAUCCACAUGCAGGCCAGGGUCCAGGGGAUCAAGCUGAUUUCUAUUUACCUUUCCCAUGGCGACUUGGAGACAGAAGUGGCUGAGACACUACUUGAUCAUAUACAAAAUAUCAUUCAAGAACAAGGAGAAGUGUCUACAGAUCGAAGCACUGCAAAGCCAGACAGGGCCACCUUGAGGCUUGUUGCUGGAUCUUGCUUAAUCAAGAUAGCUAAAUCUAUGCUGGAUUUGUUUCCUCCACAAGCCUUUCUAACGUUGUCCCGGCUUUUGAAUGAUGAAGACUCAAAAGUGAAAUCGACCAUCUUGAAAAAAUUGUACAAAGGUACUGCCAAACAGCAGGGGAAAUUACCAUUUUAUUACGCGAGUAUGUUUGCUAUGGUGGCAAAUGAUACAGAUUCAAAUGUGGUUGAUCAAGGCAAAUCCUAUUUACGCAACGUUGUCUUAUUGAUGAAUCGUCUUAAGACUCAUACUGGUAAGGCAAAUCUGUCUAUACUUCCAGAGCGAAUUUUGCCAUGGCUGAUUUUCAUGCUUGUUCUCCACGAAGAAUACACAAACCCUGAAGUUGAGAGCACCACUGCCAGCAUGUGCUUCAAAAAAUGCCUUGAAUUUUAUCUUUCGGCUAUUUCUCAACUGCCUGCAGACGAUCAGAAUACUUCAGCCAUACUCCAAAUUUUUGAGUAUGUCCGAAAAUGUUCUAUUCCAAUGGACUUGGCAGGAGAUGUCCCUGGAUCAAUCCUCACUCGCAAUGUCGGUUUGAUCACCGAGGUUGGCCAGAGACUACUCAUCAAGAUAGGACUUAAUCGAAAGCAUGGCACCAAGGGAUUCGCUGGAUCUUUGCAAAGAUUAGUAGAUAGCAAAAUCUUUCGCGAGGGUGAUCAAGCUGUGCCGAAUGAUUCCUAUGGAGUUGAUUAUACUCUGCAAUCGCGCAAAGCAAAUCCAAAGAAAAGGAUAUCUUCUUCAAAGGAUGACACGGUCAAGGAAUCGGAUGAUGAAACAUCUGAACCAUUCGAUAUGUCUUCACCGCAAACAAAGAGAAACAGGAAGAGCGCUGGAUCUACCAAGAAUCUUUCUGUAGAUGAUGAAGCUCCAGAUCCAGAGGACGACGUGCCUGAACAGGUGAAAUAUGCAUCUUCUAGUCGCCAAAUUGCCGUCGGCGCCGUGGUGGAAGCUGAGAUGAAAAAUCCCCAUACUGGAAAGCUUGAAUGGCUGAAAGGAAAGAUCAUCAAAGUGAACGCCAAGAAGAAGACUUUCGACUUGCACUUUGAGGUCACAAGCUCAGAUGAGCAGGGGGAUUGGACGGAGACAUACAAGUUUGGCGAAGAGGGCAAGGAGUGGAGGUGGCCAUUGGAAACACCAUCUCAACCGCGAGGAGGCCUGCAGACAAGGGAUCGAUUAACUCCGGCCCAGUCUCCAGACAAGAGAGUCAAAGCUUCGGAAGAUAACAUUGAAGAAACAGCGAAGAAGAUUGCUGUUGGUGCUAUGGUGGAAGCUGAGAUGGAAAAUCCCCAUACUGGAAAGCUUGAAUGGCUGAAAGGAAAGAUCAUCAAAGUGAACGCCAAGAAGAAGACUUUCGACUUGCACUUUGAGGUCACAAGCUCAGAUGAGCAGGGGGAUUGGACGGAGACAUACAAGUUUGGAGAAGAGGGCAAGGAGUGGCGAUGGCCUGCCAAACAUUUGCAUGCGCCGCCUUCGCCAGAGAAAAGCUCGCCCUCUGUACCCAUGAAGAAAGCCCCUUCAAGAUUGUCAGGAGCUACACCGCCAGUCAAGUCACCAGCGUCGAGUGUCAAAUCUCCAGCUUCAAGUGUCAAGUCACCAGCGUCGAGUGUCAAAUCUCCUGCUUCUAGCUUUAAGUCACCUGCUUCGGGUGUCAAGGCUGAACUCAAGACAACCAAGUCGUCCUCUUUGUCUUCAGCUCAUAGCUCGAAACAGAGCGACAAAAAAGCACGAUCGGACUCCAAACCGUCAACUCCAAGAAUAUCUGCGCCGUUUGAUAUUGACGACGACGAGGAUGAUGGAGAUGCACUCCCCUUCUCGAAGAAGGAGACUCCUGUCAAAUUGUCGCCCAAUCCUGCGUCGAGUCGGUCCAAGGCCAUGACUCCCGUGAAAGGAAGAGCUAGUGCUUCACAUGAUCUGUCCGGUACGGCUUGGGACAAGGCCAUCAAUCGUCUCAAGAAUACGAAGGCGAUGGAUGACAGAGAUUCUGGAUCCAAACGUCUGAAUGCUGAUGCGACUGGAGUAGACUACGGCCAGGUUGCGCACUUGGUUUACCACGCCAUUUUGAAUUCCUUGCGGUCGGUGCAAAAUGAGCAAAGUGAUGAGGUCGAGAACGUGGUCGUCGCGAUGAAACCAGCAUCCUCCUCGUCUCCUUCGUCGCUUCAGUCGGCUAACUCGAUGGCGGAGAAAGCACAUGUCAGGCUGAAAGGUUCACAAGAAAGGAGCGAGCAAAAGGAAAACUCUCAUCCCAACCAAGUUCAGAAAGUAUCAAAGUGCGGGAAAGUCAAGAGCUCUUCUAUCCUUGCUCUUUGUGAUGCUGCUCGAGACGUCGAGACCAACCUCAGUGCGAGUCUGGAAGGCAAUGCAAAAGACGGUGAAAAUGCUAGCCAGGACUUUUUCCUCCCUGACUUGUUGUCGCGUCUUGAAGAAGAGGCUCCACGAUCGCAGCUGCUGGAGAUGGCUGAGAUCUUCCUGAAAGACCAGGAGCAGCAGGGAGAGGCUCCUGCGCCGUGCCAGGCGAACAAGAAGCGGGUCCAUCAGAGGAAAGAGAAUCAUGCUGGGGUCUCUCAAACUUCAGAGCGAAGGUCGUCCCAGGAGAAGGAGCAGGACCUCAGUUGUCCGGCUCAGGAAGGAGGUGCUGGAGAUCAGCUGAACUCUUCGAAGAACACGUCGAUUUCGACGAUCCCUGACACGUCUCUGCCUGUUGACCUCUCGCACAUGCGCUCACUGAGAUCGUGCGGUAGAAACGCCAGCGCAGAAUCCUCGAUGGAAGCCAACGAGUCUUCAAGAAACUCAGCGGAGAAAUCAGAGGAGGCAGCCGGAAAGCGCAAGAAGAAUCCUCCUGGCCUGCAGAAGAACGCCUCGCUGCAGAUGCUCCUCAUUCGCAUCGUUGCUACGGUGCUUCCGUUCGGCUAUGGGCGCGUGCGGUGGGGCUGGGAGGAAGUGGCUCAGCGCUUCAACCAUGAGAAGUCAACUCACGCCAAGUUCUCGCAAGCCAAGAACGUGUCGGGGCAGCUCUGCCGGGAGGUCUGGCUGCGCAUCCUCAGCUCUUGGCAGGCUGGAGAAGCUCUUGAGCUGGAGGAAUACCCGGACGUCGACCCGAAAGAAUGGGACCGUUGUAUCAGUGAGAUCGAACAGGUGCUCAAGCCCCAGAAGUGCAAGAAAUCCUCCAACAGCGACAAGGGGGUAAAGGAGCAUGAAAGGGAAGAGGAGGACAAGGACAUGGAGGAUGCUGCAGAAUCCCAUAAGCUGAAGAAGCUCCGCAGUGAUGAGCAUGGCGAUCAUCAGGUUGAACCAGGAGCGAAGAAAGUCAAGACAAGCCACCCCCCGUCUCCUCCUGGCCUCGGCUCUCCCCAACGCUCCCAUGGCGGCGAUUCCAAGGACCAAGUGGAAGAAUCGUUUGCCACGGAAGGAGACACAACAAUCACAACUCACGGCGCCACGAGUCCUCGCAGCCCUGCCAUCGACGUCUCUCCCAUCUCGCUUGCAUACGAGCGAGGGAACUUGACCAGUCAGAACCCCUACAGCCUCCUCGCCCAGCGGAAUCACGCGAGGGCCGGGGAGACGCCGGAGAGCAUCCCUGCUUCCUCCUCUCGGCAUGCGUCUACGUCGGACAGGAGAGAGCGAAGGGAGGGAGGAGUGACGGCAGAGCUGCUUGCACUGGAGCAGGAGAAGUUUGCCUUCUACAAGAAGGUGGAGGAGGAGAAGCUGGAGAUCAUGAGGAAGGAGGCUGAGAGCCGCAUGGCGUUAGAGCGCGAAAUGCAGCACAAGGUGCUCGAGCGCUUCGGGGAGAUGUUGAAGACUUUGCAGCAGAGUCUCACUCCUCGCAGUCUCUGA